UUUCGAUAAAAUUUUAGCCUUGAAAAUGAAUUACAAUAUGCUCCUCAAAAUAGGAGCUCUUCAAACUCUAAGGUUCAAAAAUCAGAAAAGUCGUAUGCUAAAUUUUGAAAAUUCACAGAGAUGGUUUUUACAAAAAAUUCAAAGGACAAUCCAUCAAGACAGUAUUAUAAUACCAAGCAAACAUCACAAAAUACUUAUGCAUACCUUAGAGAAGACAGCAGACAGUAUUUCACACCAAGAACAAGACAAUCUGUAUAUUAGGACAAAACGUAAUUUAGAUUUUUUGUAUCUUUUUAGAAAAAAUGGCGACAGAAAUGACCCAUCAACAGAAUAUGAC